ACUUAUGGCACACAGUCACCAGUUGCCUUCGACCAGCAGCUACUGGUCCAGUUAAAAAUCUGACACAUGACUGGUUAACUUCAGUCAGGGCUUCAGUGCAGCCUAUGGCUCCUCUGUCCCGCGUUUUACAGCGGGAAAACGUUUUCAUUUGGAGUAAGACGACCUCCUGAAGGUGUUACAUUAACCUGGGAGAAUGAGCUGGUUUGGGGGCAUUUCAACUCCCGAUGGAAAAGACCAAAACAACCGUGUGUUCACUGUGGAGGGAUGUCCGAGUGGAGAGUCUCCGGUGACCCCCAGGAAAAGACUCCUCUCUGCGGAGGACGCGCGCUGCAGUAGCCGGCCUCCCCCUGAGGGCGCCGGGUCAGUUUCCAUCUCCGAGUCGGAGGAGAAGGGAGGCUUCUGCCAGCAAUGUCAAAAGAAAGUCACAGAGCUGAAGAAGCAAGCACUAGCCCUGGCAGACCAAAACUCAUUGAAGGACCCUGGAUAUGCAACUUUUCUAUUCGAGCAGCUCCAGACACCAAGGAGCCAUGAAGCCAGUGUCAGCUGUUGCCAGGUAUGCUCCACACCUCUCCACCAACUGAGGCAGGAGGCCUUGCAGACGCUCCAAGAUCCCAUCCUCACCAUCAGCUCAAACAUGGAAGCCACGCCCACUACAUCUUUCUUACCGCCGCCGGCUAGGUUCACCGUGUCAUCCUCAAGUGUUCACGCAAAACAGCUGUCCAAAAGCCAACCUGCUGCACACUCCGUCCUACCCCUGGGGGAGCGGCACAGGGUACCGGGCUGGUCGCAGUCUCCCUCAGCCUCCUCGGGGCAAAAGACAAGCGUGCAGGUGACGGUGGCAGGAGGGCAAAUCAGUGGAUCCCUGAGCUCCGUCACCAUUCAGGCGCAGCAGUACCUGGAGGGCAUGUGGAGCAUCUCCAGAGUCAACAACUUCCUCCCUCAGCCUAAACCGGCGCACGGUUUGAUGGGGGAAGCUGACAGGGAUGUUGCACCUUCAGCGGCCGCAGUCACCACAACGACCACCACCACCAUGACCACCGCCAGCCACAGCAGCACCCUGACGCCCUGCAGGCUAAGAAGCAGCAGCCAACCGGGACUCCCAGCACCUAAUACAUCCACCUCCGCAUCCUCAUCUGCAGCAGCCUCCUUCUUCAUAAGGGCAGCUCAGAAGCUGAACCUCUCCUCCAAGCGGAAGAAGCACCAGCCCUCACUGCUCCACCCACAGGAGCCCUCCAUUUACCCAACCAACUUCAGCGGCAUCCUGCAAGUCUCGCCACCCCCUGCCCCGCCAUGCUUGCUACGAGCUGUGUCCAAAGUUAAAGAGAACCCGGGGAUGGGGAAGGUAAAAGUGAUGAUGCGUAUCUGUCCGUCUGUGGAGACUGCGGACUCCUCAGAGUCUCAGUCCUUCUUGAAAGUGGACAGCAGGAAGAAGCAGCUGACCCUCUACGACCCCGCCUCCAGCCCACACUCCGGUUCAGGACACAGGAGAUCUGCCACCGUGGCGGUCCCAAAGAUAUUCGCAUUCGAUGCUGUUUUUACCCAGGAUGCCUCACAAGCUGAGGUGUGCUCAGGGACAGUAGCCGAGGUCAUCCAGUCUGUGGUGAACGGUGCAGACGGCUGCAUCUUCUGCUUCGGCCAAGUGAAGCUCGGCAAGACAUACACCAUGAUUGGCAAAGACACCUCCACUCAAAGCCUCGGCAUUGUGCCCUGUGCCAUUUCCUGGCUCUUCAAGCUCAUCAACGAGCGAAAGGAGAAGACUGGCACGCGCUUCUCUGUCCGAGUGUCUGCGGUGGAAAUCUUCGGGAAGGAUGAGGAGCUGAAGGACUUGUUGUCUGAGGUGUCAACAGGCAGUCUGCAGGAGGGCCAAUCCCCAGGAAUCCACCUGAGGGAGGAUCCCAUCUGUGGCACUCAGCUUCAGAAUCAGAGCGAGCUCCGUGCCCCGACGGCCGAGAAAGCCGCCUUCUUCCUGGAUGCCGCCAUUGCUGCGCGCAGCACUAGUAGGCCGAAUGUGGAUGAGGAGGAGAGACGCAACUCCCACAUGCUGUUCACGCUACACAUUUACCAGUACCGUAUGGAGAAGAGCGGCAAGGGAGGAAUGUCAGGCGGACGGAGCAGGCUGCACCUCAUCGACCUGGGGAGUUGUGAGAAGGUCCUGAGUAAGAGCAGAGACGGAGGGGGAGGCUUGUGUUUAUCCCUGAAUGCUCUGGGGAACGUCAUCAUGGCGUUAGCAAAUGGAGCCAAACAUGUACCUUACAGGGACAGCAAGCUGACAAUGUUAUUGAGGGAGUCCCUUGGCAACAUCAACUGCAGAACCACCAUGAUCGCCCACAUCUCCGAUUCUCCUGCCAGCUAUGCUGACUCACUCACCACCAUCCAGCUGGCAUCCCGUAUCCACCGCAUGAGGAAGAAGAAAUCGAAGUAUGCAUCCAGUUCUUCUGGGGGAGAGAGUUCCUGUGAGGAAGGGAGGAUCCGCCGGCCGCCCCACCUCAGGCCAUUCCACCCUCGGACAGUAGCUCUGGACCCAGACCUGCCUUUAAUGCUCAGUGACCCGGACUACUCCUCCAGUAGUGAACAAUCCUGUGAUACUGUCAUUUACGUAGGCCCUGGGGGAACGGCUAUCUCAGACAGGGAGCUUAGCGACAACGAAGGCCCACCUGCUUUUGUUCCAAUCAUCCCCUCCCUGAACAAAAAGAGGUCUACAAAAGACGGCCCUCUGGACAGAGACCAGUUCUUCAAAUGCAACACUUUUGCUGAGCUGCAGGAGAGGCUGGAGUGUAUAGAUGGCAGUGAAGAACCCACUGCGUUUGUCGGAGAGGGCAAGAAAAGCCAGGCCAGCCCCAAAACAGACAAAUCCUUGGAGAGCCAAGGUUCUGUUUCACCAAAGACUGUAGCAAAUAUUCCGCAUACCCAAGAGGUUUCACCCAAACAAUCUCCUAAAUCUGUUGCCACACAACCAUCCUGCAGUACCAGUAAAUCAAAACUGGACAAUGCUAAAGCGCAAUGCACACCUGCAGAAAUGGCACCAACAGACAGUGUUGAAAAUGUAUGUAGAACCAGUGCUGAUGGGGAGAAAUCCUUGGUUUCAGAAAGUAGGGUUAGCUUUGACAAACAAGCAACUGCUGGAGGGCCUAAUUCAGAGCCUGUGGUGAGGGAAAAGGUGUACCCCAAUAAGAAAGCUUUGCCCAAACCAGCUCCGCCUCCGUCACAGCAGAGAGAAAACACAGACAAGGAGGAGAGAUCCAGCACCAGAAUGCCACCUGUUGGAAUGAGUCACCAAGCAGUUAAAAGACGGGAUCCUUACAGUUCACCUUUGCUUCGAGGGCCAGUGGAAGUGUGCCAGGUUCGCUCCACUUUAAGGGACAGAUGUCUAGAUCGAGACAUCCUCAGAGCUACUGUUACCUUGCAGCAGCCUGUGGAGCUGAACGGAGAGGAUGAGCUGGUGUUCACCGUGGUGGAGGAGCUUUCUAUAGGCAGUAUUGUAGAUAAUGGUCGACCAUCCAGCAUCAUCAGCUUUAAUAGUGACUGUUCCCUUCAGGCUCUUGCUUCUGGGUCCAGACCUGUCAGCAUCAUCAGCAGCAUCAAUGAUGAGUUUGACGCUUACACCUCGGGGAUGGGAGCUUCAGAGGUGAACAUCGCCGUGGUAACGCCCCUACAGGGAGGAGCGGCGGGGUGCAUGGACAGCAGAGGUUCAUCUAUCAGCUCCUGGCUGAGUGAGGUUAGCGUCUGCACCGUGGAGAGUGAAGGCGCUCAUUCAACAGACGUCUUCCUUCCACAAUCUAAACAUAUGGUACCAGAUGCCACCUUUUACUUCGAUUCCCUGGAUAUGUUGCACUGUGUUUCCUCUCCCAGAGAUGCCAUGAACUCCUUAAACGACAGUGGAUUUGGUUUUUCCGAACUAGACAGUGACAGUGCUGCCUCAAGCAAGCUCUCAUUGACAAAGCUGCCCCCAUCUCCUGAAUCAGCCAAAGGCUCCCUCAGAAUGACGUCUAAAAUAACUAAAGCUCACUCGCUCAGCUCAACCCAGCUUCCACAGGGCCACUCCAUAGUCCACUCAAGUCUUCCCAGGAAGAUUAAACCUACCUCAUCCAUCUCUCACAGUAGCAGCGGCAGCAGCCGAGAGCCACCAAGGCAAGAGGCUAAGCAGGAGAAUCCUUGGCAGCGCAGCGACAACCACCCAGAACCUCAACUUUCCGACUCCAGCAGCACCAGCAAAUUCCUCAGAAACUUUCCUAGUAGUAUCCCCACCGGCAAAACAUCCAACAACAGCAACAGUGUACCUCGCCCACCCAAGGUGCAGGGGUCUACCUCAUCUCAGAGGGUGGUGGAUGGCUGCGAGAAGUCCGUCAGUAAGACUCCGCCCAGCAAAAUGCCUCAGCUUAGGCGAGGUGCCACCACUCUGGGGACUGUUACCAUUGUCCACUCCUCCACAGACUACAAGGGAGCCCAAGAUGUUAUUGCAUCUACCAACAGCCUUAAAUACUCCUCCCUGGGGAAAAAUAACAAGGCUAACUCACAGAAAGCAAGCAAUCUUCCGAGACCUGGUUGCACUUCACCUCCACCCCCUCCUCCAGUGAGAAAGUCCAGUUUGGACCAUAAGACUAAGAUCCUGCUCCCCCAAAGUGCCUUAAAGUCAGCAUAUGGUGAGGCAGGAAGGGGAGCAAGGGCAGCUGUGUCCGAGGAUGAGCUUGAGGUACGUCACAGAGCAGACUCUACCGGUUUCAAAACCUCCAGCCUCAACACAGCCAAAGUAACCUCCAGCCUGAAGGGCAGAGGGCCGAGAGGGGAAUCUGGGCAGCAUUAUGGAAGCCAAAUGUCCCUGGAAAGGUGUGAAAGUCUGUCCUUAUCAGGCUCCAGAACUGCACUUAGUAGGGAAAAUAGUGGGGCAAGUCUCGGAAGCAGCAAAUCCAACAGAUCCAUUCCUAGGUUUGGUAUUCCGAAUUCAUCCAGCUCUCCAAUAGCUACCUGCCCAUCUUCCCCAAGUGGAGGAAGUCUUAGCAGGUCCGGUCAGGUUAAAGCUUCUGUUAAUCCAAGAGCUUUAGGAACUGUCAAUGGUAAUAAAGCACGCUCACUGUCGGCAAACAACUCCAAAGGUCUGAGCUCAUCAACCAAAUCUUUGGCUGCUCCUGUAAGCAGAAACACCAACGCCAACCUCCCUCCAUCAGGACGGACCUCUGCUACUCGAACCGCUACUGCUGCAGUCAGCGGUAAACCCGGGAGAGGAACUAUCAUGGGCACAAAGCAGGCUAUGAGGGCCGCCAACAGCCGUGUAAGCGAACUGGCAACAGGCAACAUUUCGGGCAAACACAUGAGAGGUUCGGGCGAUUCGGACAGUGGGAAUGACAGCGGGGUGAACGUAAGCGAUGACAAAUCCCCCGUAGCCAUGCUGCCGUCUCCCUACAGCAAAAUCACAGCACCCAGGAGGCCACAGCGCUACAGCAGUGGCCACGGCAGCGACAACAGCAGCGUACUGAGCGGGGAGCUGCCUCCGGCGAUGGGCCGCACCGCUCUGUUCUACCACAGCGGAGGCAGCAGCGGAUACGAAAGCAUGAUACGUGACAGCGAGGCCACGGGCAGCGCGUCCUCAGCCCAUGACUCCAUGAGCGAGAGUGGCAUGUCGUCUUCGGGCAGAAUGAGGAGCUCCAAGUAUCCCAAGAAGAGAACAAAUGGCUUCCAGAGAAGACGGCUCAUACCGGCCCCCCUGCCAGACACUUCCUCCCUUGGGAAGAAGGCAGCCACAGCAGGCCAGUGGGUGGACUUGCCUCCUAUGGCUGGCCCGCUGAAGGAGCCCUUUGAGAUCAAGGUGUAUGAGAUCGACGAUGUGGAGCGGCUCCAGAGGCGGCGUCAGGAGGAGACAGCAGAGCAACCAUUCCAGGAUGUUGACAAGGGUCUGCAGUAUUUUAACAGUAAACUAAAGAUAUUGGAGAGAAGGCAACAGCAAGUGAGAGAACUAAGGGUGAAGCAUGAAGUGUUGUUGGAAGAGCUGGAAGACGCCAAAACACGACUGAUGAUGGACCCCAGCAAGUGGAUAGGAGAGUUCGAGGUGGACCAGAGUUUGGAUAAAGAGUCUCUGGAGUACCUGGAGGCCUUGGCACAGGCCACGGAGGAGCUGGACUUUUGUGUCAAUCUAUGCAAGUCCCGCAUCAUGAUGGUGACCUGCUUUGACAUCGCCAUGCCAACGCCCUGUGCUCAGGAGGGACUGCGGGAGAUCGAGGUCUGAGGACAAAAGCAAGUGGAGGUGGAGAAAUGAGGAAGUGAGGAAAAAAAAGAGGAUAAUGAUGUGUAGUUGUCACUGGAAUGAAGAACAACAUGUGAGAUGAGAUGAGAGUGAAUCUUUGCAUGAAGACAGAGGAGAUGCUAACACCUAGCUACAGUGCGUCGUUGUCCAGGACGUGAUUGACUGUUGGAGAAAUAAAACGUGAGCACAAACGCUGUUGCCCGUAUGGCAAAGCAAGGGCCAUCACUUACUCAAGAUACAAUGAACAACACCUGGAAGUGCCUUUUUAACUGUGUUGUUUUGAGUCAUUAUUUUUCAUAAGGUGAAGGUAUCUUCAGCAUACCUGAGCAAACCCCUGAACAUAUUACUUUUAAGAAAUUUAAAUAUUUUAUAUUGCAUUGUAUAGUGUAUUUAUAUGACUAUGUGGUGUGUACAAAUAUCCUUUUAAGGGAAAAAAUAAAGAGGGAAAAAAAAAGAGAAAAAGCAAUAAGCUAAUGUUAUUGCGCUCCCAGACUUUGCCUUUCUCUUCUUUCAAACCUCAGUCAGCAUUUUAACCAUGUUCAUUCAGCCUCUAGCGCCUUACGUUAACUCUCUGGUUCUGUAGUUUUCUAGUUUUUUCAAACUAUGUUUCUCAACAAGGACUGCAUUUGCUGUUGUCACUCUUCGCCUACAAGCCGGCCCGUGAAUGCCAGCGAGGCUCAGUGAAUGUUUUUCUCCUCCAGUUGCCUUGAUCAAAAUGGGUCUCAGUGGAUGCACUAAGGCGGAGAAGCCGUGUUUGUCUCACUGAAAAUGAGAGAUUAUUAAACCAAAACAUAUCAAUCAGAGGGCCACUGUGAUGGAAAGUGAGUGAUUAGUCUUGAUUCAGCCAUCCUCUCUCGUGCCUCAGUAUAGUAUCUGAGAGACUUCCCAACAUUAGCCUAGCCUGGUUAGCCUGGCUCGGAAUGAGUGCUGUCUAUAAUACUCUGUACAACAAUGAGACACAGGUUAGAUAGCACAAGUCGUCUGGCCUCUUUUACAAAACUUUUUUUUUGUAAAGCGCUCUAUGCAUUCCCAUGCAUUCACUGUUACAACCUCCACAGACUAACGAGCAGCAGCACAGUUUGGCUUUGCCCCCCUUUUCUUUUUUAAAAAAUAGGCAAAUGAUCAGAGUUGAUCUCAGACAAAGACUACAGAAUUGUUAUUUUGCAGUGAAUAAGAGCAAAUGAUCAUGACAUUGUUUUGGGAAAUCAAUCAUGUUAUCAGCUCUUUGUAGCUUCCAGAAUGUGCUUGUUGUGAAUCAAACGGCUCACUCACCACGGGAACAAAGAGGAUCGCUGAAAAAUGAUUGUUACGAUAAACAAACAGGCUUUGUUGUACUUUAAAUGAUUUCUUUAUCCAGGAUGAACAUGACUUUUUUGUUAUAUUUCUUUUACAAUGAUGUACUCUCUCAGGCCCUCUCUGAAGAUGCUGCAUGAGAUUUUUUAAUCAUUUUUACAAAUCAUUUCUACUCCAUUUUUUUCACUCUAAUUUUUUACAAUACCUUCUGUUUUAUUUUCUGCUAAUGUGGGGUUGGUUAGGCUCAUGAAUUAAAUAACUGUUACCAAACCGAGACCUUUUUUUCAAAAAAAUUAUAUGUAAAGGUCGUUUUUCAUAUCAAAACCCAUAUUUUCUAAAAACCUUUGUUUUUGUAUAGCAUUUUCAAACCCUGUGUAUAAAUGUAUGAUAUGGCAGCUUGUGUUUUACUUUUACAGUACCUGUGAAUAAAAUGUUUCUUCUUACUGAUGA